AUGCGGAAAAGUGAUGCAGUGGAAGAUUUUCUAGGCUCAUUUGGAAAGUGGCAGUUUAGGUCAACUCUUCUUAUUUAUUUAGUAAAAAUACCUUCAGCAUGGUUUAUGGCUUGUUUGAUUUUCACAGCUAAAAGCCCCAUGCCAGGCGAAAUUUUCUGUUCCCCGCCAAUUGGAAUUGAACUAAAUGACACAAACUUUUGGAUUAAUUCAAUUCAUAAAGAAAGCUUUAACAGAAUCGAGAAUGAAGAAUCUUACGAUUAUUGCUACGUUUAUCAAGAUGCUUACCUGAAUUAUUCUGUUCGUGAAGAUGAAGCGACAAGAGAGUCAAUUCCUUGUGUGAAGUUUCAACACCAAACAGUUUAUGCUUCAAUCAUCAAUCAAUAUGAACUUUUAUGUUCGCGUGAAGCUUUAGUAGCACUCUCACAAUCAUUUCAUUUGUUGGGUGUUCUAAUCGGUGGCAUAAUUGCUUUCUACAUGUUAAAGAAAUGCAGCCCACGUGAAACGAUGCUAGUAGGAAUGAUUUCACAAAUUCCACUCGGUCUUGCUACAGGUUACGCUCCUAAUUACAUUCUUCAUUUGAUCUUCCGAUGCAGUGUAGCAGCGACAUGUUCUUUAAUGUGCAUUGGAAUUAUGAUUGUUUCAGACAUAACUGCUGGAAAAUAUCGAAUAAUUUCGAUUUGCCUUUUCGAGCAGUUUUGGUCGAUUGGAGUUAUCCUUUUACCUGCUGUUAGUAGCUGGUGGAAAAGUUGGACAACUGUUUACAUAGCAAUAUCAAUUCCCACAUUUUCAUUGAUUAUUCUUUAUUAUUGGAUUCCUGAUUCACCACGAUGGCUUUUGAAACAUAAUCGUGUUGCCGAUGCAAAGAAAGUUCUUUUAGAUGCUGCAAAUUUCAAUGGGAAAACUGAUUACAAUGAAGAUGAAUUGGAUAAAGAGUUGAGUUUGUUGGCUGAAGAGAUGCAAAAACAUCCUUCAGAACCAACGUUGCUGUCAAUUUGGAAAGGAACUUUAACAUUUAAAAUUCGUCUGUUUGCUGCACACAUUGGAUGGUCGAUUUACUUGAUGACUUACUUCGCUUUGCUUUUACAUGUGAGAGCGAUGGGCAGGAAAUAUUUAGAAAUUAACACAAUCAUUGCUGGUACAAGUGAAAUCAUUGGAACAUUUAUUGGAUUAAUUUUGAUUCUUCACACAACACAAAAAUGGCUUUGGACGAGUCUCCUGAAUAUUCUUGCAUCAAUUAUCUCAAUCUCAGCUAUUUUUGUACCAGACACAAUUGCACCAACUGAGAGAAUGAUGAUCUACAUGGCAACUGCAAUGACAGCUAAAAUGACUGUUUCAACAAGUCUGUCAAUAUUUAUAACGUCAAUGAGUGAAAUUGUUCCCAAGGAAAAGCGGAAAACUUGCAACUAUUCUGGUGUGACAUGCUCAAGAACGUUGGUGAUGAUUGCACCGUUUAUUGGAUUCUUCGUCAUUUAUGGACAAUUAGUGCCACAAGUUAUAACAUCAGUAAUGAACAUCUUUGCAUCUUUAUUGGUUGCUAUUUGCAUUCAAACAUCACGCACACUUCCUCAUAAAACUGAAAUUGUUACUCCAGAAAAUCUUCUUCUUAAAGCAUAAAAGUCUUCAUCUUACUAGUCUAAACUGUUUUGAAUGAUAUAACAAGAAAUAGAAAAAAUUAAAAUGAAAGUCAUAAACUUUGAUGAUCAAUUAAUCGGAAAUCUUUUAAAUAUCCGAAUGAAGGGGAAAAAGAAUCGAAAGAAAUGUCUUUAAGAUGUUUCGUCAAUAUAUGCUGGAUGUAUGUAAGUAGGUAUUUGAGUAAAAUGACACCAAAACUAAAUAGGGAUGUCGUGACACUUAACACAUGAAAAGCAAUCGAGUUCCUUUACGAAUAAAUCUUCUUUGGGAUGAACACUGAAAGGAAAAGCAACGGAAAUAAGAGCAGUAUCGUCUUAAAUGGAUAUUGCAUUACAAGAAAAUGCUUCUUAAAUCUACACGAAGAAGUGAAAACGGAUAUUGUUUAAAUUUGUAAUAAAGCUUUGAGUUUUUAUUACAAACAUUUCCAGAAACUGUAAAUUUUACAAGUAAAACUAUUAGAUAUCUGAUUUGUUAUACGAAGAUAUUAGUACGAACUAUGGAAAUAUAUGUUGUUACGAAGUAACAGUUAAAAUUAAUAAAUUAAAUAGAUGGCAAAAGAUUUCGUCAUUUUUUCACACUUUAAUCGAGUGAAGAAAGUAUUAAUAAAGUUGGUGUAGAGUUGCUUGUAUAAACAAAAAUAAUUGAUUAAAGAUUUUAAAUUUAACUACAUAAAACUUAAUUUUUGGCUCUCUUCACAUUUUUUUCUUAUAAAAUUUCUUUAAAUCUCAUUCAUUUAGAAAGAAAAAGGUGAAAAUCGCUUAAGCUUCUUUCUCCUCAACAUAUUUUCGUGUAGAUAUCGCUUUUUAAAAUAGAACAAUUUCGUUUCCUCUCUUCAACUGUCAGAAUGACAAUAAAUUUUAAUUAAAUCUAAUUAGUUGAAU